GUCACCUGUCAGCUUGUGGACUUAAUAGUAGUCGUAUCCAAAUUUUUCUUGAUCGUAAAUCAUGUCGAAAUAUGUGGCAAGAGUGGGCCCAGCGGUUUUCUCCAAGCUGGGAAAGUGGGCCUACAACAUGUCUGGAUUCAACCAAUACGGCCUGUACCGCGAUGACUGUCUGUACGAGAAUGAGGAUGUGACGGAGGCAGUGCGUCGUCUGCCCCGCAAACUGUACGAUGAGCGCAACUACCGCAUUCUUCGAGCACUGCACCUUUCCAUGACCAAGACGAUCCUGCCCAAGGAGCAGUGGACCAAGUACGAGGAGGACAUCAAGUACCUGGAGCCCUAUCUUAACGAAGUGCAAAAGGAGCGCGAAGAGCGUGAGGAGUGGAGCAAAACCCAUUGAUCUGGAUACUUCGGUCACAAUAAAUGCCAUAACCAGAACACAAAGGGAAUUUAAAUAAAUCGUUAAUAUAAAUAAGCAUAAUAAAAACAACUUUAAUUA